AUGGCACGUCACAACAGCACACGGGUGACAGAAUUUAUCCUCUUGGGCUUCACUUCCCGCCGUGACCUUCAGCUCCUCCUCUUCAGUGUCUUCCUGCCCAUCUACCUCCUCGGCCUGGCAGGGAACCUGGGCUUGGCAGUUCUGAUCCGGGCUGAACGGCCCUUGCACACGCCCAUGUACUACUUCCUGAGCCACCUGGCCUUGAUGGACUUGUGCUCCUGCUGCACUGUGGCUCCCAAGAUGCUCUGGGGCCUCUUGAAAGGCCGCGACACCAUCCCCAUCCCAGCCUGCGCCCUUCAGAUGUUCUUCUUCGCAGCUGCCUCGGAUGCCGAGUGCUGCCUCUUGGCGGCCAUGGCUUACGACCGCUACGCAGCCAUCUGCCGCCCACUCCACUAUGGAACAGCCAUGCCGCAGCGCCUUUGUCGCCUCCUGGUGGCGGCAUCCUACGCAGCAGGGGUAGCCUCCGGAGUCAUCCACUCCAGCAUGGCCUUCCGCCUGCCCUUCUGCAGCUCUCGCACUCUGGACCAUUUUUUUUGUGACAUCCCUCCAGUGCUAGCUUUGGCCUGCGCCAACACAGACCUGAACCAGCUCCUGGUGUUGGCAGUCUGUGGGGCGAUCCAGAGCAUCACGCUGGCCGCCAUCAUGGCUUCCUAUGGAACGAUUCUCUGUACGGUGGGGCGGGCGGGAUCGCGACGAGCCGCGUCCACCUGCGGCUCCCACCUGACGGCUGUGGGGGUGCUCUACAGCACCCUCAUUUUCAUGUACCUGCGGCCUGACGGCACGUACGCCCCUCAAACCGACAAGAUAGCAUCUGUCUUCUACACGGUGGUUAUCCCCACACUCAAUCCUGCUAUCUACAGCCUCCGUAACGCUGAAGUAAAGCAAGCGGCCCGGAGGAGAUUCAGCAAACAGAGACACCGAGCCUGCUGCUUCUGA